AUGUCAGAGCCUUCAGAGAAAAAACAAAAAGUUGCUACUUCAUCUUUGGACCAAUUGAAGAAUGCUGGGACCCAUGUGGUGGCUGAUUCUGGGGAUUUUGAGGCCAUUUCUAAGUAUGAACCGCAGGAUUCAACAACUAACCCUUCCCUUAUAUUGGCCGCGUCAAAGCUGGAGAAGUAUGCGAAAUUGAUUGACGCUGCCGUCAAAUAUGGUAGGAAGCAUGGUAAAACUGACCAUGAGAAAAUCGAAAAUUCCAUGGAUAAAAUUUUGGUGGAAUUUGGUACUCAGAUUUUGAAGAUCGUUCCAGGAAGAAUUUCCACUGAAGUGGACGCAAGACUGUCCUUUGACAAGAAGGCUACGGUCAAAAAAGCUCUCCACAUUAUCAAACUAUAUAAAGAUGCAGGCGUACCUAAAGAAAGGGUCUUGAUUAAGAUAGCCUCCACUUGGGAGGGUAUUCAGGCAGCUAGGGAGUUGGAAGCAAAACACGGUAUCCACUGUAAUAUGACGUUGUUAUUUUCCUUCACUCAAGCAGUGGCAUGUGCGGAAGCAAAUGUCACUUUGAUCUCCCCAUUUGUGGGAAGAAUAAUGGACUUUUACAAGGCCCUUUCCGGUGAAAACUACACAGCAGAAACUGAUCCUGGUGUUCUUUCUGUUAAAAAAAUAUAUAGUUAUUACAAGAGGCAUGGUUAUGCAACCGAGGUGAUGGCGGCAUCCUUUAGAAAUUUAGAUGAAUUGAAAGCUUUAGCAGGUAUCGAUGAUAUGACUCUCCCACUAAAUAUUCUAGAGCAGUUAUAUGAAUCAACAGACCAUAUUGAGAACAAAUUGAAUGCUGAGACUGCUAAGGAAGAAGGUGUCGAAAAAGUUUCAUUUAUCAACGACGAAUCUCAUUUCAGGUAUGUUUUGAACGAAGAUCAAAUGGCGACAGAAAAAUUAUCUGACGGUAUCAGAAAAUUCUCUGCAGAUAUUGAAGCACUAUAUAAAUUGGUUGAAGAAAAGUUGUAA